GAUUAAUUAAUCCUAUCAUCGUAAUUAUAAACAAGUUAUAUAUACAUAACAAUUAUAAUUUGAAAAUCAUGAGUGAAUACAUAUAAAAUUAUUGACUUUUAACGUAAUCCAACGGUCAUUGAUAUAUCACUCAUCACCUUCCGUCUCAUGGAGGAAGGGGGUUCCGCCUAUGCUAUAUGGACGUACGAAUUACACUUAAUUAAACGCUCUAUAAAUUAGUACAGUCGGGACUAACCAAUUAUUCGAUUAAUUUAGCAAAAUAUUAAUUUAACGCUCAGACGUGCAAUUACGAGUCCUUUGUGUGUGAAACAAGAAUUAGGAAAAUAACAAGAACCCUGCAAGAAAAUGUCGUCCACUGUUCAUUCAUGUCCACAACACCAGGUUUACAAUCUCUCUCUCUCUCUCUCUCUCUCUCUCUCUCUCUCUAAAUUAUUAAAGUACACACACAAACACGACCCCAUGCAUGUUUUUUUUUUCUUCCUUAUUUUGUUUCUUAGCUUUUGUCAUGGGGAAUCUCCCUCCCUCUCUUUCCGCGCUCUCCAAAAUCAUUUUUAGCCCUAAAAAUUAAUAUCCACCAUUUUUUCUUCUUCUUUCUGAUCAGAUCGAAGCACCACCUUAUUAAUUAAUUAAUCUAUGGCUUCAUCAUCUUCAACGAACAACAAAUCCAACGGCCAAGAUCCACUCAACUGCCCACGCUGCAAUUCCACCAACACCAAAUUCUGCUACUACAACAACUACAGCUUAUCUCAGCCGCGCCACUUCUGCAAAUCCUGCAAGCGCUACUGGACCCGCGGCGGAACCCUACGUAACGUCCCCGUCGGCGGCGGAUUCAGGCGGAACAAGAGGCUCCUCGUCGUCAAGAGACCUCCGCCGCCGCCGCCCUCCUCCUCCGCCGCCGUUAAUCCUAUGUUGUUUUACAGCCAGCUUCCAUUUUCAGGGUUUAGCAGCAGCACAGCUAGGGUUUGCUCCACCGACGAACAAGAUGAUCGGACGGCUCAGAUGAAUGGAUUUGGAUUAGGGUUUUCAUCUGGGCUACUUGUGGGCGGUGGUGAUGAACAGUGUCAUAAUUACGAAAAUAGCCCUGUGUUUUUAGGAUCUUCUUCGAGCUUUGCUCCCGGUUCAACAAUGGCGUCUUUGCUUGCUUCCGGUCUUCACCACCAAAACGGGUUUCCGGGUUUGAUGCCUUAUGAGGAUAUUCAAAACCCGGGUUGGAAAGAAGUGGGUACAGAAAAUGAAAACGGGUCGGGUAGAAAUAAUAACCCGAACCCGGUUCAUGAUGAACAGAUUAAUAACGACUUCUCUAACUGGUUCGAUUCUUAAUUAUUUUUUUUUUUUUGAAAAAUCCCUAAUUAAAUAAAAAAAAAUAUGGGUUUUAUAUAAG